GCGCGCCGCGCUCCGGGCCCCGCCGUGCCGCUGCGGGCCGCGUCCCCGGAGUCGGCGCCUCUGUCGCCUCGGUCCCCGUCCCCACCCAGGCGCGGAGCAGCGCGGGCUCCGGGCGGGCGCCAGGGCGCGCAGACAUGGGCAGCCGCGCCAGAGCGCGCCGGGCGGCCGCGAUGCUGGGCUUCCUCGGGCUGCUGUGCGCCGUGCUGGGCGCCGUCAUGAUCGUGAUGGUGCCCACGCUCAUCAAGCAGCAGGUGCUCAAGAAUGUGCGCAUCGACCCCAGCAGCCUGUCCUUCAACAUGUGGAAGGAGAUCCCGGUCCCCUUCUACCUGUCCGUCUACUUCUUCGACGUGGUCAACCCCAGCGCCGUCCUCCUGGGCGAGAAGCCGCAGGUGCGGGAGCGCGGACCCUACGUGUACAGGGAGUUCAGGCACAAGAGUAACAUCACCUUCAAUGACAAUGACACCGUGUCAUUCCUCGAGUACCGCAGUUUCCAGUUCCAGCCUGACAGGUCCCACGGCCUGGAGAGUGACUACAUCGUCAUGCCCAACAUCUUGGUCUUGGGCGCGGCGAUGAUGAUGGAGAACAAGCCCAUGAGCCUGAAGCUGAUCAUGACCUUGGCGUUCAGCACCCUCGGAGAGCGUGCCUUCAUGAACCGCACCGUGGGCGAGAUCAUGUGGGGCUACGAGGACCCUCUGGUGCACCUCGUCAACAAGUACCUGCCAAACAUGUUUCCCUUCAAGGGCAAGUUUGGGCUCUUUGCGGAGCUGAACAACUCCAAUUCCGGGCUCUUCACCGUGUUCACGGGGGUCAAAGACUUCAGCAGGAUCCAUCUCGUGGACAAGUGGAACGGGCUUAGCAAGGUCAAAUACUGGCAUUCUGACCAGUGCAACAUGAUCAAUGGGACGUCUGGACAGAUGUGGGCGCCGUUCAUGACUCCUGAGACCUCACUGGAAUUCUACAGCCCCGAGGCCUGCCGGUCCAUGAACCUGGUCUACAAGGAGUCAGGGGUGUUCGAAGGCAUCCCCACCUAUCGCUUCGUGGCCCCCAGCACCUUGUUUGCCAACGGCUCCACCUACCCGCCCAACGAGGGCUUCUGCCCCUGCCUGGAGUCUGGGAUUCAGAACAUCAGCACCUGCAGGUUCAAUGCACCCUUGUUUCUCUCCCACCCUCACUUCUACAACGCCGACCCGAUGCUGGCAGAGGCGGUGCUUGGCCUCCACCCCAACCCAGAGGAACAUUCCUUAUUCCUGGACGUACACCCGGUCACCGGGAUCCCCAUGAACUGCUCUGUGAAACUACAGCUGAGCCUGUACGUCAAGGCCAUCAAAGGCAUCGGACAAACAGGGAAGAUCGAGCCAGUAGUCCUGCCGUUGAUGUGGUUUGAGGAGAGCGGGGCAAUGGAAGGUGAGCCCCUGCAGACCUUCUACACCCAGCUGGUGUUGGUGCCCAGUGUGCUACACUAUGCCCAGUACGUCCUCGUCGGGCUGGGCUGCGUCCUGCUGCUCAUCCCCAUCAUCCACCAGAUCCGGAGCCAGGAGAAAUGCUUUUUAUUUUGGAGUAGUAGUAAAAAGGGCUCAAAGGAUAAGGAGGCCAUUCAGGCCUAUUCUGAAUCCCUGAUGACAUCAGCACCCAAGGGCUCUGUGCUGCAAGAAGCAAGAUUGUAGGGUCCCAGGGACGUCGCCAGCCAACCCAGCGUGGCCACUGAGCCGGACCGGCUCCCCAGCCCCUGCACCCCGCUUCUUCAGGACUCCCUCGGCGGACAGCCCACCAGUCCCAAAGCCUGAGCCCCCCAGUUGCCACAUGCGUGUCCGCGCGCUGCACACCCCCAGCACGUGUCCACACGCGAGUACGCAGGCGUGCGCAGACACACUCAGGGAUGGAGCCGCCGCUGAGGAGACUCAGGGCAUCGUCAACCAGGGCCGUCUGGAACCUUCUGUCCGGGUGACCCACAGUGCCGCGGGCACCGGGUCCCCUCCCCCGAGUGAGCCCGGGCCGACCUGUGCGGCCUGAGGGCCCGGGCUCCUGACCACUCACGCCUCCCCCAACCCCCCCCCCCCCCGGGGCCCCCUCCACCACCCCUCCCCCCCGGGGCCCCCUCCACCAGCCACGACACAGACGCCGCGGUCCCUGCUGGCUGGCUCGCCUGCAGGACACGCCUUUCACUACUGUCCCCAAACCCAGCCCGGGAAGGCAGACUUCUCGUGCCAAAGCCGUGCGGGCCGGGGGGGGGGGGGGGGGGGGGCGCCCGGCCGGGCCCCGGAGCUUUGGCCGCGCACGUGUCCCCCGGGCUGGGGGCCAGGCGGCGUCACGCGGGCCCCAGCAAGCGGCGUGACCCGGACCGGCCUGUCCUUGUUCCGCGGGCCGACCCCGAUCUCCCCAGAGUUGCCGCGGGUGCCGCCCGGGAGGCCUGGGGCCCCCUCCUCCCGCCUAAACUGACGUCAUCCUGUGUACUGAGCCGGCCGCUCCCGGGUGGGGGUGGCGGGGGGCUCUGCCCCGAGUCGCCCCCCACGAGGGCCCUCCGCCCCGUCAGUGUGGGUGUCCCGUCUGGUCCGGGGCAGGCCUCUGCCUCUUUUCUACUGCCAGAGAAAUGAGUUUUAUCAUCUUUUAAAAGUAAUUCACUAUUGAAGUAAUAAACCUUUUUUAAAAGUUAAA